AUGCGUGCGCGGAGAGUCGUCGUGGCGUUGCCGCCUCACGUGCAGCGCAGUAGUCGUCUCCAACAGCGCUUCUACACACCCAUUUGGCAGCCAGAUCCGGCGGUGAAUCACGUGGCGCCACUCCGUGAGAGUGAUGAGACCCGAACGCUGUGGUCCUCCUCUGUGCCGAUUGCGAAUGUGGGUGAUGCUGUUUCGGCGUGGAUACGGUUUGGCAACGAUCCGGUGCUGCACACCGCACUGCCCGUCAUCCAUGCUGGUCGGCAUGUGCGGACAAUGGCAACGAAUAUCUCAUCUUCGUCUCUGUCAUUGCCACGUUCAACCUCGCCGUUUGCGUAUGUGGAGGACUACAUGGGAACAAACAUGGUAUUUGGUUCUCCAGAGCACGUAAAGGAUAGUGCGGCGGUGUGGGCAUCUUACUUUGAGAGACGUUAUUUGGGUCAACUCCGACAGUCCCGCCGAACAGCCGCUAAUCACAUGGGUUUGGUCAAUGUACCAGAAGUUUUUACUGACGAGGCCGACCGUCCGGACACAAAAUGGUCGCAGGACACCGUGUUUCGCGAGUACGCCUAUAUGGCGGAGAGGUUUUUAAAGGAAAAGGUGUCAAACCUGGAGCAGUUUGAACAGGCCUUAAAACAGGCGCAGCCGGCGGAGUAUCUUGCCUUUCACGAUGCCUUGCAGCAGCAGGCCCCUUCCCUCAUUCCACUGCCGUCCCCAAGUGUUUGGCACUACGAGGGCCCACGCCGCACGCAGUGGGCCGAGCGGUUUGUCCUACUAUCGCAUGCAGCACAGCAGUUCUUUCUGGAUCUUCUCGCUCCGGACGUGAAGAAAAUGGGUAACGCGCCUGAAAAAGUUUUGCAGCGAGUGGCGGCGGUGUUUGCAGAGGUGGCCAAAAUACUCCUGCAGCGAUAUCGGCGUUGCCUCAAUGGACGUGAAUGGUCCGCACUUUCCCCAGACGAAAAGGACAACUUCUGCAUGAGGGAAGUCGCGCGGUGGGCACAGCAGGUGGAGGCCGGUGAGUUUGAUCCACCGCUUGAGGGGGACGGCGACAUCCCUUCAGCCGAGUGGGAAAUUGAACACGAUGCCAUCAUGCAACUCAUGACAACCACAAUUGAGGGGCUCAGCUUCUCUGCACUGGAUUUCUGGACGCACACAAUCCGCUGUGAAGAGGUGGAGACCGAACACAUUCAUACGGAGCGUCGUGUACGCGCCAUUAGCGCUGCUGCACGAAAGGCAAUGUAUGACGCGACCCCCUACGAAGCAGUUUUGCAAGGCUUUGUGGAUGCCGUUGCGCGGGGGCAGUUAGAUAUGGCUGCGGCAGGGUUUAAGCCGCGCAUUAACGAUAUUUGGUGUCAGCUGCAUUACGCCAAAUUUGGGGCCCCCACGAUGACGCAGCACACGACAACGGCAUCUCGGCAGCUCCAUUUUUUUCAUGCAGGAUCACUAAAGGAAGUUGCGGCGACCGCGACGCUGUACUACGCCACAAAGCCUCUUAGUAGUUCCUUAGACUACGCAUCGCCGUACAAGUUCCGCCGCUCGCUUGUCGGGUUGUUUUCCACCUACGGUGUGGAGAUGGCCUACGCGAUACAGCGACCGCUGCUACUUAGCGCGGCAAAUCUUGCGAAGGCGGAGGAUUUAAUUCGGAGUGUCGUGAAAAACGCAGCACGUCCUUUUGGUGAGCGUCGGCGUGCCAAAAUAGAGCAACUACGUGCUGACCAUCAGCGCCUUGCGACGCCAGUGCAGGGGGUUAUGGUUUCUGCCGUGGUAUCAGAGCUUCUUGAGGGUGGCGCAGACGUGUCUGGGGCGGCGGAGGCGAAAGAACCGCAAGAAGCCGUAACGAUAUGGCCGCUUGGUGCACGGCGUGCCGUUUUAUACGAUUGGCCGACACCGCAUCUAGAGGCCCUCAAGAAAAAGGUUGCUGCUGCAGGCUCAGCAAUGACAGCACAGUGUGUGAAGGAAAUUCAAGAGAUAAAACGACAUGCAUUUGUGGAGGUAUCACUCUGGCGACGUGUGACAACUCAGGAAGCGGAGCGACAACGUGGUUUGGUGGAGGAGGAGACCUUUCAGGUUGCGGAAGCCGUGCGGUCGAUUCCGUCUCUAGCACAGGUGCAAAAGUACGCCACCUCGCUUUACCAUCGUAUUGAGGACGCCGUACCGGCUUCUGCUGCAAUUAACACGCAAGUCGAAAAGGAACGCGCAGAAAUGGACUCCUCCUGGGAGUUUGUGGUCAUGCUGGACGAUCGCGCCGUACUCAACGUGAAUCAGAGGGCCGAGUUGUAUCUUCCUUACACAGACGCCAAGGGAGUACCCUUCCCGCAAGGUGAGUACCGUGUGCGGGUGCGUGGAUUUGAUAUGGAUAUGAAUCCCACGCUUAAUCCGGCACUUUGUAGUGAAGCGUUUUCAAAGUCGUUUCACGUGUUUGACGCCGUUCCUCAGCUCGUACAGCAGUUUUUUGGGACGGUGAAGCCGUCUACGUCUGAGGUUUCACAUAUUUCUUCGUCUCAGUUUGUUUCAUUUUGCGCGUUUUUGCGCGAGGCAGGGCUGGACGUUCCGGUGCGAUGUGAGUUUGAGGUUGGUCAGGUUCUUAACACGGAGGGCAAUGUUUUUAUGGAAUAUUUUUUGGACCUGCUUCGGGGCGAUCGCUUUCAUCAGAGCUGCGCGCAGGCCGGACUGACAGAAAUGCAACGGGCGAUUGAGCCCUCGUGCCGCGCCCAUUGGGAGGUCCACCAUCCUGGUGCAAAUGAGGCGGAGUGGGCAGAGGCACGCCGCUGCGUGCUCGAUCGGGCGAUGGAGAAGGAAAGGGAGUGGUGGUUUCCAAAUGAGAUGUUGGACGUGACGAGUAUGUCGGCAGGAAGUACGAAUAGUCUAACGCCCCAAAUGUAUCCAGCAGCUGUGCGGUACGGAAGAGAACUUUGUACAGUUCUUCCAGCAGAGGGCCAAUUUGAUAACCACCAUGGACUUACUGCUACAUGUGUGGUGGAUGGCACUGGGGCGGGUGAGUCAAUUAUAUUUAGUGCUAAUCACAGUUCUGACACAAUUUCUAUAGAUGAGGCACUCUCUGUCGCUAAAGGAGCUUUGCGCAACGCACAUGACCGUCAUAAUACACUUAGCGCUUUCCGUUUGGGUCCGUUGUUGAAGCAGGCCCAAGUGUUGCUGUUUUGCGGUGUUAAUGGCAUGGAGUUUGGCGGCAAGUACGCUCGCACGUAUGCCUACGCCUUUGAAAAGGCCAAGAAGGAACUCGCAGCGACGUUUGUGUCGGGUCGUGAGGUGCCUGGAGUGGAUGAAGACGGUGUGGAGCGCGUCUCGGAUAAAGAAGGGGUCGAUCGUUUUGCUUCUUCAACGCAUCCAGAGCAGCGAAAGACACAAUUUGUGCCGCGCAGGGGUCCUGGUGGGGCGCCCAUCGAUGACCCCACAGCAGAUCAGAAGUCCGAGUGGGGAAGAUGA